AUGCCCAAAAAGAAGCCGACUCCCGUUGAAGACCUUAUUAUUCCCCCGCAAAACACGAAAAUUUGCGGAACGAUAUGCCUUUGUCAGUUAACUCUAAUUCUCAGUAGUGUAGCAAUAGUUUAUUUAACAGUUGCGAUUUAUGUACCUUCCACUCGGGCAAUGCAAUCAGGUAUAUCCGAAACACCAGUGAUGUGUACAACAACUCGGGCAGUUCAAGCGGAAUCUUGCGAUUGGGGUUCUUGUGGUGAAUGGUGUCUAAGCAAAACAUCCGGUUCAUGUAUGCAAAUUUACGUUAAUCUUAGACGGAAUGGCUCCAACUUGCUUUUAGUGAAUUGCACGAGUAUAGCGCAAAAAAUUUGUUACGGUAAAGAUCAAGAGAAUGCCAAGAAAAGCAGAUGCAUUGCAGACGAAUGUAAGAACCUCACCGGAACCUUCAACUGCUCAAUGGGAAUGUGUCUGGAUCUUACCGAUUCUUUUGAAUGUAUCUACAAAUACACAGAUCCGCCUUUAAAAUGCUCUGGUAGAAGAGGAAAAAUCACAUGUAUCGACUUAAACGGUUUGUACAGUUGUAAUAGAGGAACUUGUGAAAGAAUUCGCACACCGUAUAAUUGCGAUCGUCAUUGUGGAGGUGCGGAUAUUGUAACUAGAAACAAAAAUGUAAUAGUGUUAAGUGGAGACGAAGUAUAUUUAUCGCAGUGUCAGCGUUGCAUCGAUACUGAUACGGGCCAAGAAGUAUGGAACGAAUCGCAAGAAAAUAUUAUGAUGGCAUCCUGUUACACGAUUUUAAACAGCACCAAGGGGUUAGAAGCAGUAGAUUGUGUAAAUGGAUCAUUAUUAUCCAACAGCAUGUUACCGAAUGUUACCAAUUUCACCUACAUCAGUUAUCUUAGCAUUUUUAAUACGGUGGUGUUGGAUGAAAAGGCUAUAGCUGCACCUCCAGAACCUGACCUACUUAUUGCGAACGAUAGCAAAUUACUUAUAAAUCUCGAAGGUUGUGUUAAUACCCUAAGGGACGAAUGCCGAGAUUUCCUGAAGAUGUACGGAAAGGAUGGAACUGAUCAUUUCGCCAGGGCUCGCUUUCCCUGUUUUUAUUCCGUCGAUAAUCCCGCUGUAGUAGUGGCACGCUUCGAUUUAGCUACGACAACAAAGCAAUUUUUAAUAGCUUCUGUCCUGCCCUCGAUACUAUUCGUCGUUUCAUGCCUGACCCUGAUCUUUUGUCAGCGUACAGUUGUGGUUGGUGAUGAUGCUAGAAUGCGUUUUCAGGGCUGCAUAAAGGCGGAAGCAGAAAAUACAGAAAAAACUGCCUCUUCGAACAACAUAAACGACAGGGGAGGCGGCAAUUCGAUCAUGGCACUUUGA